AUGAAGACCAAAGCCAAAAUCUCUUAGUCAUCUUCAGCUAAGAAAUUGAACACAUAGCUUCCAUCAGAUUCUUUAAAGAACAGUUAAAUUAAAGAAGAAAUUCGUGAAGAUCUAAAUUCUUGGGAUAGUAGGUUUGAAUCAACUGCCAUAGAAUACCCUUUUACUAAAUAUAUGAAUCCAAAUAAAUUAAUAAAAAAAGUAUUAUACAAAUAAAUUUAAGAAAGGAAUUCCUGAUACAAGUAGAGAGUAAAGUGCAAGGUUAAAGAAGUCAAAUACAAAUGUUACACUCAUUUAAAGUCCUCGUUUACUUUCCCCAAAAUAAUAAAUUGAAAUCAUACAUUAUCUUGAAUUAAAAAAAAAGUCUUUAAUUGAAGAAAGUGAAAGAAAAGAACAUCUUAUCGCUAAAUUCUUGAAUAAAAAUUCACCACCAAAACAAAAUAUUAAAAUAGCUUCAUAAUAUCCACCUAAAUCUGCUUAAUUAUAUUCUCCUGAUACUCGAUUUCCUAUUAUUAACUCUCCUUUACAAAAUGAAUUUUAAGUCCCUUUAUUUUAUAAAAAUAAUUAAACUAAAGUAAUUCAAAACGAUUAAAAUUGGAGUUUUGGAAAAUUACAAGAUGAGGAUCAAGAUAAUAAAACUAAAUCUUAAUUUGCUAAAAUUGCUAAAUGUACUAAUACAAAAUAAACUGUUAAAAACAAUUUUUCAAAGCCUCUCCUUAGAUUACCAAAAGAAUUUCAUGUUUAAUCAUGGAAUUAAAUUAAUAAAUGA